GGGAGAACGCGCCUCGGCGGCGGUGGAGACCGAGGCCGGCGGCCGGCAUCCUCGCGCUCGGACCGCGGCCGGCGCGAUGUCCAGCAAGGUCAGGAAGUGCAAGGAGCAAGCGAGGGUGACCUUCCCCGCGCCGGAGGAGGAGGAGGAGGAGGGCGAGGACGAAGGCGCGGAGCCGCAGCGCCGCCGGCGGGGCUGGAGGGGCGUCAACGGGGGGCUAGAGCCGCGCUCGGCGCCCCCGCAGCGGGCACCGCGCGCCUACUGCCCGCCGCCCUUCUCGCCGGGGCCCGACAUGUCAAUGGAGGAAAGCCCAUCCCUGAGGCGCAAGACGGUGAUGCGGGAGAAGGGCCGGCGCCAAGCCGUCCGGGGACCGGCCUUCAUGUUCAACGACCGGGGUACCAGCCUCACUGCGGAGGAGGAGCGCUUCCUCGACGCCGCCGAGUAUGGCAACAUCCCGGUGGUGCGCAAGAUGCUGGAGGAGUCCAAGACGCUGAACGUCAACUGCGUGGACUACAUGGGCCAGAACGCGCUGCAGCUGGCGGUGGGCAAUGAGCACCUGGAGGUGACAGAGCUGCUGCUCAAGAAGGAGAACUUGGCACGCAUCGGCGACGCCCUGCUGCUCGCCAUCAGCAAGGGCUACGUGCGCAUCGUGGAGGCCAUCCUCAACCACCCUGGGUUCGCGGCCAGCAAGCGCCUAACCCUGAGCCCCUGCGAGCAGGAGCUGCAGGACGACGACUUUUACGCUUACGACGAGGACGGCACACGCUUCUCCCCGGACAUCACCCCCAUCAUCCUGGCGGCGCAUUGCCAAAAGUACGAGGUGGUGCAUAUGCUGCUGAUGAAGGGCGCCAGGAUCGAGCGGCCGCAUGACUAUUUCUGCAAGUGCGGGGACUGCACGGAGAAGCAGAGGCACGACUCUUUCAGCCACUCGCGCUCAAGGAUCAAUGCCUACAAGGGGCUGGCCAGUCCAGCUUAUCUGUCCUUGUCUAGCGAGGACCCUGUGCUCACUGCCCUGGAGCUCAGCAACGAGCUGGCCAAACUGGCCAACAUAGAGAAGGAGUUCAAGAAUGACUAUCGGAAGCUCUCCAUGCAAUGCAAAGACUUUGUGGUGGGUGUGCUGGAUCUUUGCAGAGACUCAGAAGAGGUAGAAGCCAUUCUGAAUGGAGACCUGGAAUCGGCAGAUCCUCUGGAGAUGCACAGGCAUAAAGCUUCACUGAGUCGGGUCAAACUUGCCAUUAAGUAUGAAGUCAAAAAGUUCGUGGCUCACCCCAACUGCCAGCAGCAGCUCUUGACAAUCUGGUACGAGAACCUCUCAGGCCUGCGGGAACAGACGGUAGCUAUCAAGUGUCUGGUGGUGCUGGUUGUGGCCUUGGGCCUUCCGUUUCUUGCCAUCGGCUACUGGAUCGCACCUUGCAGCAGGCUGGGGAAGGUUCUGCGAAGUCCUUUUAUGAAGUUUGUAGCACACGCUGCUUCUUUCAUCAUCUUCCUGGGCCUGCUUGUUUUCAACGCCUCAGACAGAUUUGAAGGAAUCACCACAUUGCCAAACAUCACUGUUAUUGACUAUCCCAAACAGAUCUUCAGGGUGAAAACCACACAGUUCACUUGGACUGAAAUGCUCAUUAUGGUCUGGGUUCUUGGAAUGAUGUGGUCUGAGUGCAAGGAGCUCUGGCUGGAAGGACCCAGGGAGUACAUUUUGCAGUUGUGGAACGUCCUGGACUUUGGCAUGCUCUCCAUCUUCAUUGCUGCUUUCACGGCCAGAUUCCUGGCUUUCCUUCAGGCAACAAAGGCACAACAGUAUGUGGACAGUUAUGUUCAAGAGAGUGACCUCAGUGAAGUUACGCUACCACCAGAGAUACAGUAUUUCACUUACGCCAGGGAUAAAUGGCUCCCUUCUGACCCUCAGAUCAUAUCUGAAGGCCUCUAUGCCAUAGCUGUUGUGCUCAGCUUUUCUCGAAUCGCCUAUAUCCUCCCAGCGAAUGAGAGCUUCGGGCCCUUGCAGAUCUCUCUGGGAAGGACUGUAAAGGACAUAUUCAAGUUCAUGGUCCUCUUUAUUAUGGUGUUUCUUGCCUUUAUGAUUGGCAUGUUCAUAUUGUAUUCUUACUACCUUGGGGCUAAAGUCAAUGCUGCUUUUACCACUGUAGAAGAAAGUUUCAAGACUUUGUUUUGGUCAAUAUUUGGAUUGUCUGAAGUCACUUCUGUUGUGCUCAAGUAUGAUCACAAAUUCAUAGAGAAUAUAGGAUAUGUUCUAUAUGGAAUAUAUAAUGUAACUAUGGUCGUUGUUUUACUCAACAUGCUCAUUGCUAUGAUUAAUAGCUCAUAUCAAGAGAUUGAGGAUGACAGUGAUGUAGAAUGGAAGUUUGCUCGCUCGAAACUUUGGUUAUCUUACUUUGAUGAUGGGAAAACAUUACCUCCACCCUUCAGUCUGGUUCCUAGUCCAAAGUCAUUUGUUUAUUUCAUCAUGCGGAUCAUUAACUUUUCCAAAUGCAGAAGGAGAAGACUACAGAAGGAUAUAGAAAUGGGAAUUGGUAACUCAAAGUCCAGGUUUACAAAGUGCUUUGCCGUACAUUUGAACCUCAUGCAACGCUGUAAGUUAAACCUCUUCACUCAGUCUAACUCAAGAGUUUUUGAAUCACACAGUUUUAACAGCAUUCUCAAUCAGCCAACACGUUAUCAGCAAAUAAUGAAAAGACUUAUAAAGCGAUAUGUUUUGAAAGCACAAGUAGACAAAGAAAACGAUGAAGUUAAUGAAGGUGAAUUAAAGGAAAUCAAGCAAGAUAUCUCCAGCCUUCGUUAUGAACUUUUGGAGGACAAGAGCCAAGCAACUGAAGAAUUAGCCAUUCUAAUUCAUAAGCUCAGUGAGAAACUGAGCCCCAGCAUGCUGAGAUGUGAAUGAGUCAGCAACCUGGAAUUACGGCUUUGACUAUAGCACAACUGUGGGCAAUAAUAUUUCUUAGUAUGAAAUACUUGAAAACCUAUGGUGUAAAUUUUAAGUAUUAACUACCUUUAUCAUGUGAAUCUUUCAGAGUUAGGUCUUAAUGAUUUUACUGUUUUAUCACAUGAAAAGGUCUUCAUUUUAAUUGUUUGCCUUGACAUUACAAACAAUGAUAUGCCCUUGUAUUUAAAGGCCCCAAAUGAACUACAUUACUGACAUUUUUUUGGUCUGUUUUAGAAUAAACUGUGUCUUUGCACUACUGGUUUGCCUCCAAGAGAUUGUAGGCUCCUUGGGGACAGGGACCAUGUCUUAUUCAUCUUCAUGUUUCCAGCAUCUAGUACUGUGCCUGGUACAUAGUAGGUGCUCAAUAAAUGUUGUCAAAACCAACUGAACUGCCAAUAAAAUACAAAUAAAAAUUAAAAGGCCAUUACUAUGUAGCAUACCUUCCCUUGUCCAAAUGCUGAAGAGAUUUUGGUUUUUUUUUUUGAAAAAAAGAAACUGAAAAAAUUUUGCAAACAUCUAUGACUUGGUCAGAUUUUCUUAGAUUUUUGGCAUCACUGUUACUCCUAGAACCUUUGAACCCUGAAUGAAGAAUUUCAUAAUGAAAUAAUGGGUUAAUAGAAAAUAUAAUUGCAUUACAUAUUUGUUUCAUAGAAUUGUUCAAAGCAACACAUUAAAGGUUUUUCUAAAGUUAUCUACUAUACUGUUUGCUUAUUGUCUUAGAUUUUCAUUUGUUGUUUUUCAGUAAUGUGAAUUUAGUCAGCAGAGUGGUGAAUUUUUUUAAAGUUGGGGGUUAUACAGGGCUGUUAGUUAUAACCUCCUAAUUCCUGGCUCUGAUGAUUUAAUGCUAAAUAAGUUAUCAACAACUGACUUCAUAUCUUGCCUGUUAGCUCCACUCUGAGUUUUGGAGGAUAUGCUAUGGGAAGAAAUGGAGCAAUGGUCGUGUACCUGGAAAGGCAUGGCCAAGAAUCACGAGGUGUGUUUCAUUUCCCUUUGAGACAUUUCUUGCCAUUAUUGCUUAUGCUGAUUGACAUUUUGUUUUGUUUUGUUUUAAUCAAGGCAUUUCAAUUACAGUUGCUACACUGAAUAGAUUGUGAUAUAUCUGUAUCUGAUUUACUUAUAAGUGGGCUGAACACUGGUAAUAUUGAGGCCUCUUGACUACUAGGAAAGGGGAUACAGGCUGGUAAGCUCCCUCAUCUCUUCAUAGACAAUAAAAUACUCAAAGUAUUUUUUCUUUUUACCAGCUAGGUUUAAAUCUCUCAUUACUGUCCUGAUUCUCUUCCAUCUGUUCCUAUCAAAUCAUACCAGAAUACAAAUUAUGGUCAUAGCUCAAAGAUUAUUUUAUAGGUUCUAAAAGCCAAAUAAAUAUAUAAUAUUUUAACAGUCACUGCAUCACACAGGAAGGCUUUCUAGAUGUGAAGACAAAAAUGAACAUUAUAUGGAACUACAUAAAGCUCUUUAAAGAUUAUUUUUUAAUUUCUACUUUUGGAGACUUAAUUAAAUUAAGAAAAGAACUUUAUACAUUUUUGCUACCAUUGUAGGAUAUUUCAUUAA